ACUCUCUGUCUCUCUCUCUAUCUCACUCUUCCCCCCCUCUAUCUAUACACACACUAGAAUGAGGCCGGUCGUUCCUAAGUCAACUGAAAAGAAGCUAGCUUUGCCGGAAUCCACAGUCGAAGAGGUGCCUCCGACCACCCAAUUCCCCAUUGAAUGCUGGUUCGACGACACAUGCAUACUCGACAUGGACUACUUUGUCAAGACGCUCUCUGGCAUUAAGGCCAAAGGCGUCCGCCCGGACUUCAUCGGUUCGAUCAUCGCUCACUACGCAUCCAAGUGGCUCCCGGACAUCAACGGCGAUGAGACCAUCGUUGUCAAGUGUGCUACUGAUACCAAAGGCUCCCCAGAAAGCGCAACGACCAUUUGGAUGAAGAAACGUUUCUUCGUUGAGACAUUGGUUGGAAUCCUUCCUCCUGAGAAGGAUUCUGUCACUUGCAAUUUCCUUCUACGCUUACUCCGUGUGGCCAACAUGGUAGGAACUGAGCCGGCUUUCCGGGCCGAGCUUGAGAAACGGGUUGCUUGGCAGCUCGACCAGGCGUCGCUCAAGGAGCUAAUGAUACCAGCCUUUAGUCACACAUGUGGGACACUUCUGGAUGUGGAACUUGUCCGUCGAUUGGUUAAGAUGUUCGUAGAGAUGGAUGAAGCUAUUAAGGGCGGAGCAGCCCUUGUCAAGGUGGCGAAGUUGGUUGAUAGCUACCUUGCAGAGGUUGCCGUCGACACCAAUUUGACAUUUUCAGAGUUUCUUGAGCUUGGCGGAGCUCUUCCUAGUCAUGCACGUACGACUGACGACGGGUUGUAUCGAGCUGUCGAUACCUAUCUCAAGGCGCAUCCAAACACAUCCAAGCAAGAAAGGAAGACUCUCUGUAGAUUGAUUGACAGCCGAAAGCUGUCACCUGAGGCAUCCCUCCAUGUGGCCCAGAAUGAACGGUUGCCUGUCCGUGCUGUAAUCCAAGUGCUCUCCUCUGAGCACGCGAAGCUUAACCGCAACGUCGAGUGGAGUGGGUCAUUUAGCGGGACCCGCAGCCCAAACCCUGCACUCGAUACACCAGGACGGUGCCAGUCAAAACGGGAGUUGACGUUCCAGCAGACAGAGAUACGGAAGCUGCAGGAGGAUGUGAUGAGGCUCCAGAGUCAGUGUUACAUCAUGCAAGUUCAAAUGGAGAAGCUUUUGGAGAAGAAGAAAGGCCUUUUCAAGUGGCGGAAGCUUGGGGUGCAUUUAUUCCAAUCCACUGGUGUGGCGGAGAGGACAGAGCAGGUUAGCAGAGAAUAUGAGAUGGGGUUAGAGCUUCGGACGCCUGCCCACAUGAAGGCGAAGCUGGUGCAGGGCAAGAAAACCCCAAACAGGUGGAGGAACUCCUUGUCUUGAAGGAGGCAUGACUAUAGGUUUAGCUUAUCUUCUUUGUUAUGUUUCUUAUUAUUUGAUACUCAUUCAGAUUUUAGAAUGUCAGUUUUAGUAUGAGACAUUGCAUAGUAUUUCUUUCUCAAGUUAGGAGAUUACAUGGUAUA